CACCACAACCUACAUGUUUGGACAUUUCACCAAACUGCUGGAUUUCAACGUUACCAACAGGUCAAGUCUACCUGAGCUUGACCUCAACGACCUCAAAGAUUUGGCCUUACCAGACGAUGAUACUGCCUACUAUUAUUCAGGAGAUAAUAUCGAGAAUUUGCUGAAGCCGUGGACCAAAGAGCAGCAUUUUAUACCGACAGUGUGUAUUUAUGGCGUCGCCUUUCUGCUGGGAUUGGUGGGAAAUUCCUUGGUUAUUUUCGCAAUGGUGGGAGACAAAAAAAGUCGAAGCACCACAGCAACCUUCAUGGUCAGCUUGGCAGUUGCCGACCUCUUGUUUCUGCUAGUCUGUGUCCCCUACGAGACAGCCAAGAACUUUAUCGGACACUGGGACACGGGCACCAUCUUCUGCAAGGUGUCAGGGGCCGUUGAAAUGUUGUCUGCCCUUGCUUCUGUACUCAAUCUUAUGGCUGUGAGCAUUGAAAG